UCUCGGCCGGCCGACAAGCUGAGGAACAAAUGGGGCAAGUUUUGAGGAAGCCGAAGCCUGGAGAUAAGGAUGACCUGCUGCUAAAGGAACAACUUGAAAUAAAAAAGCUGAUUCACGAGGAGUUGGAUGAAAAAUUUGCUAGCAUUGAGAGUACUAUAAAAAGCCUUGAUGAUUUCUAUCAAGUAAUUUAUGAAUUUGUGGAGAUACUGAGUGAAAAGAAAGGGGCUAUGCAAUACAAGUUACCUGCUAAAGAAAGCCUUAGAAAAGAAGUUACUGCAGUUCUAGAUAACAGAGGAGUAUUGGCCAACAAGAACUUACCUCUUACCAAGGAGGAAGUGAAGAAGGUGAUCCAAAAUGUGAUAAAAAUAGAGAAUUUUCAAAUAGGUCAGGGGGCAAAAGACAUAUUUCUAUAUAUAUUUGGAGUCCCAGUUGUCAGCUUACUUGCCAAGAGGAUAAUUCCAGGCCCCACAGCCUCCAUACCUGAUGAACUCUUCAUUCCAGCAGUCACUUCUGGCACCAUUAUUUUUCUGGCUAAAACCAACAGAAUCUGAAAUUUGCAUUUUCUUUAAUUUAUUACUUGUAAAUUAAAUAAGUUCUGAU